AUGGCAAAUAGUAUUGUUAAUUGUUUGAAAGAGUGGGGGUUACAAAAGAUUUUCACUGUCACAGUUGAUAAUGCUAGUUCAAAUGAUGUGACGGUGAAGGAGCUUUCUAAGAAGUUAACUAAAUGGGGGACCAAUUCUAUGAAUGGUAAGCACCUUCACGUGAGGUGUAUGGCUCAUAUUAUGAAUCUUGUUGUUCAGGAUGGUAUAAAAGAAUCAAUUGUGUCUAUUGAACGUAUUAGGCAAGUAAUGAGAUAUAUCAGGCAGUCUCCUGCUAGGGCUAUUGAAUAUGAGAGUGCAAUUUUAGAAUAUACUGAUCAUGAUAUUGGCUUGUCACAUCAUCUUGAGUUUGUUGAUAUUGUGGAUGGAAGUCCUACAAGUACACUUUUGAGUAGUGAUUGGGAGGAUGUAAAGAAAUUGACAAAAAUUCUUGAAAUCUUUUAUAAGCUUACUUUAAAGAUGUUCUUUUGGGUUCAAUGGCAAAAAAAGAUGAAGGAGAAAUUUGAUAAGUAUUGGGGUGAUCCAGAAAAAAUGAACAAGAUGAUUUUCAUUUCAUGUGUGUUGGAUCCUCGGUACAAGUUUGAUUCCGUUAGUUUUGCACUUGCGAAGAUGUUUGAAGAAAAAGGGUCAAUUAUCGCGAAGGCAGUGCAUACAUAUAUGACUUCAUUAUUUGAUGAGUAUGUAAAGUCUCAUUCAAAAGAUAAAGGUUGUCAUCCUUCUUUAUGUUUAUCUAACUCUUCAUUGGACACAAUGGAAACUUCUACUUUAUCGCUUUUAGUGAAUACUAUUAGUGUCCAAAGCGGAGGAGCUUUUGGUUCUUUCUUUGAAGAAUUAAAAAGACAUAAAGCUGGGAUUGGAGGUUCAGAUUUUAAAUCGGAAUUGGAAAAAUAUCUUACAGAAGAAGUUGAAAAUGAAAUAGCAGACUCUAAUAUAUUGCUUUGGUGGAAAGUAAACUCACCUAGAUUCCCCAUUCUUGUUGAGAUGGCUCAGGAUGUGUUAUCUAUUCCUAUUUCAAGUGUUGUAUCCGAAUGUGCAUUUAGCACUGGAGGGCAUAUUCUUGAUUCAUUUAGGAGUUCAUUGACUCCUAAAUUGGUGGAUGUUCUAGUGUGCCUUCAAGAUUGGCUUCGGAGUGAGCCAUUAUCUGUAAGUGUUGAGCAAGAUUUAGAUGUUCUCGAGCAACUAGAGCAAGGUGUAACCAUGCCUCGACUUUGUGGUCUCAAAGCUAUCUCACAUGUUCGGAGUCACUAUGAAAAGAUUGAAGAAGGUGAUGAUGGAUGGUGA